AUGUCGAAGGAACUCCCCCGCCACGAGCGGCGGUCCUCCUCCCCGUCCGGCCUCGGCGGCGGAAGCCCGUUCGACUGUAACCUGAGCCUCAAGACGCUGCUUGGCUUCAUCUCAACGCGCGUGCUCCGCGGCGGGCCGCGCUUCGUCAUCCAAGUCAUCCUCGCCCUCUUCGCCCUCAUCGUUCUGGGCAGAUUUUUCACCUCGUCAUCAUCAGACCUUAUGAACGCACCAAAGUGGUCGUGGUCGCCGUUCGGCGGCAGUUCAGAGGAUGCUAACCUGGCUGGUGGUGUGAGAGUCGUCGCCUUUGGAUCUCCCGAUAUUGCGACGCCUGUCACCGUCAAGGGCAAGGGAUGGACCGAGAUGUUCUGCGAGGAGCUCGGCUGCUCCGCCCACCACUCCUUCGUCCCCAAGGUCAGCCUCCCCGCGCAGGCUCUCACCGCCCACGAGCACUACAACGAGACCCUCCAAAAGGUCCUCCGCGAGCUCGAGCAGGAGAAGGCGCCCGGCUACGAUUACGAUUUCAUCCUCGACCAGUUCCCCCUCGCCGGCGCCAUCGCCGACCUCGCCGCCCAGGUCGACCAGUUCCUCGCUCAGCCCCAGGAGCGCUACCUCCCCAAGGAGACCAUCUGGGUCUUCAGCUUCGGCACCUGGGACGUCUGGACGCUCGCCGCCCUCCCCCGAGACCUCGGUCAGGGCAUCGUCGACCUCGCCGUACGCGCUUUAUUCGCGCAGGUCGAGCGCGUCUACCAGGCCGCCCUCAACACCAACUCGGUCGCCUUCUCCGACUUCUGGGCCUACCAGGGCGCCGAGCUCAUCGACAAGCUGAACGCGAUGGACACGGAAGGUGGCGAGGUUGACGAGCGCGAGGUGGAGAACUUCAGAGUCGUCAUCCCCGAGAUCUUCGACGUUUCUCUUACCCCCGGGUGGCAUGCGCAGAGACAGAGCCCGCCGGCCCCGCACACCAAGGCCGAGCAGAUGACCAACGCCGCGCACCUCACGUCCCGCUGGAACUCCGAGAUUCGCGGUCGUCUGGACGAGUGGACGCGCACCGCCGACCCGCAGCCCAAGGAGGGCGAGGAGCGCGGCCAGUUCGGAUACAUCCCCGCCAGCCAACGCCGGUCACCCAAGCUCCGCCGCGCUGCGAAGGGCAUGGAGCCCCCCGCCGAAGGUGACGCCCUCCGCGUCCCCUUUCCUCGCCGUGUGGGCGCGCAAGUGAACCACGCCGAGUUCGUUCGGGAGGCGAUCGUCGAGCGCCAAAUGAGACAGCACGGGCUGACGGACUCGGUCGGUCGCGGGAACAGGACCGAGCAGGACCGUGGCGUGUACUUCGCCGAGACAUGGACACCGUGCAUCUGGGCCAAGACGAGCGAGACGCCCGAGGUCGACGGCGGGUUCUCUGCCUGCGACACGCCGGGCGAUUACCUCUUCCACUCGCCGUUUACGCUCAGCGAGCGCGCGAUCCAGGAGGCGGCGAAGAUUGCGGCGGCGGACGCGCGGGAGAAGCUUGCGUUUGUCGACGCAGUUGUGGAGAAGGAGAGGGAGCAGUUGCUGGGGGGUGGAGAGCAGACGGCGAAGGUGAAGAGGAACGAGAAGAGGGGCGCGAGUACCUUCCAACGUAUGGUGAAGCCGAACCACGCGUUGAGGAUCGUGGAGUCGGCGUGCCCUACUUUGGAUGUCUGCUAA